AGAUUGAGAUACACGUCAGACCACCCAUGCACCCAUCAUACCUGGCUCGAAUCGAUUGAACGACUAGUCAAAUGUGAAACCAAGCUGAACAGGAUCGAGAUUAUCAAUCAACUUUCCUCUUCCAAGACCUCGGAAAUCUAACUCAUAGGUUCUAGCAUCGUCUGCGACGACCACGCAACAGCAACGCCAGACCAGCAGCCUAGUUCAAUCCAUCCCAUCAUGUCGGAAUCCACUCCCACCAACCAGAAAUACAAAUUCCGUCUCCUCCCUCUCGACCCCAAAUCCCCCGAAGACAUGCUCCAAGCAGCUCAACUCGCCGAAGCCGCCUUCGAUAGCGAGAAUAGCCUGUUCCAGCGGACUUACCUCGUCGACCCUUAUCCCAGCCCGGAGGAACGAAAGAAGGGCACGGUCAAGCGGUUAACGUAUGGAUUGGGAAAGGGAAAGGUCGCUUUCAAGGCCGUCGUCGAUGAUCCGGAGAACGAGACUGGCAAGGACGGAGAUAUGGCCGGGUUCAGUAUCUGGCAGCCUCCUGGUACAGGCUAUAGGGUAUUCGAGUCGACCGACCGAGAAAAGUUGACGGACGAGGAGAAGGAGGUCUACGAGCAGGUCGAUCUGGACGGGUGGAACACGCUCUUUGGGAACAUGCAAAAGUCACGGGAGAGAUUGCAUGGGGGAAAAGAUCAUUGGUACCUUGAAGUCCUCGCCAUCCACCCGAUAUACCAACGUCAAGGUCUCGGCAAUACCUUGCUCUCCACCCAACUCUCUUCCCUCCCUGCCGACCAGGCCGUGCAACUGGAAAGCACCCCCGCGGGUCAGGGGUUGUACAGGAAGUUUGGGUUCGAGGUCGUCGAUACGUUGAAGGUGGUCGGGAGGGGAGGAAAGGGGCUAGAUAUCCCGGUCAUGGUCAAGAAGCCUUCGAAGACGGGGUGAAAUGUGGAGCGACGGGUAUAAAGUUGUCUAUUUGGGACGAUACAAGGCGACUUGAGCUGGACCCCGGUUGUACAAUAUCAAAAACGAUGAAAGAUACAUCAUUGUAGAGGUCAAGGAAUGAUACGG